UAGUAUGAAUAGUACUUGACUCUAACUUGUUUAUUUUAUUGAAAGCUUCUCUUUCCCGCUGAUUGUUUAAUUCUGUUGUGUUCAGUUAGUGUUCGGUCUGUUUCAUCGGAAAGAUCACUUGCACUGUCGUAAAUUGCCGAUAAUAUAAUGGCCAAUGUGAUCUUGCUGCAAUCACCGCCACCCAAAUUAGAAGAAAUUCAAAAAACCAUAUUUAGCAAAGGUGCUAAUGACUUUUUAGAAAGUCUACAUAAGAAAUUCAGUGGGAAUAUUGAGAAACUAUAUACAAAUAGAUUACGGCGUAGUGUGGAAAUAAAGUUGAAAUGUACUUUAACUUUCGGAAAUUCUCCUGAGCGAAAUGACAAAGCCUGGAGCAUAGCACCUUUGCCUUCCCGACUCUUAAAUCGGCACUUGGACCUUGGUGAUGUAUCUGCUUCGAACACUGCACAUUUUGUAUCAGCUUUAAAUGAGAAUGUACAAGGUGUUCAGGUUGACUUUGAUGAUGGUCACUGCCCGACAUGGAAGAAUCAGUUGUUGGCAUACCAAAACAUAAAUCUAGCUGUCAAUGGAAAACUACUGGGGGCUCCAGUUAAUAUAGCGAUGUGUCCAAUUCUAAUGCUAAGACCCCGAGCAUGGAAUAUGAUUGAACACAACAUUUUGAUCAAUGGCGAGGAAGCAAUUGGAGCACUUGUUGAUUUUGGUAUAUUGAUGUAUCACAAUGCAAGGCAGCUACAGGAGGCAAACAGUGGCCCAUACUUUUAUCUGUCCAAGCUGGAAGGAGCAUCGGAGGCGAAACUGUGGAAUGAUAUAUUUGUGUGGUCACAACUCCAGCUAGGUUUGCCACAGGGAACAAUAAAAGCGUGUGUGCUGAUCGAGAACAUAGUGUCCACUUUCGAGUUAGAUGAGAUAUUGUAUGCAUUGAGGGAACAUUCUUUGGGACUGAACUGUGGCAUUUGGGACUACUGCGCUUCGAUUGUCACAAAGUUUGGGCAUAACAAAGAGUUCCUACUACCUGAUAGGAACAAAUAUGUUAACAUGGAGCGUGAUUUCUUGAAUAACUACAUGCUUUUAGUGAUUAAGACGUGCCACGACCGCGGAGCACCAGCCACGGGUGGAAUGGCAGCCGCCAUGUUGAAACCUGGCAGUGACGGAACGGAUAACGAAUCUAAAGUAGUAAUCAGCAAGAUUCUGGACGCUAAAAUGAAGGAAAUCGAGAUGGGUGUUGAUGGUUUCAUGGUUUACGAUACAAGGACCGUGCAGCACAUAAACAGGCUUUGGAAGAACUAUGGCGACACACCGAACCAGAUAAACAAAAAGUUGUCAGUGCUAGUGACAGCUGAGAGUUUGCUCACAAUUCCGCGAGGGGGAGUCACUAUGCAGGGCUUGAGGCACAAUGUUGCCAUAUCGAUACUGUUCGUGUACCACUGGCUGGCCGGCGUGGGACACUUCUUCUAUAACGGCAAUGUGGAGGAUUCGGCCACCGCUGAGAUAUCUAGGUGUCAGGUGUGGCAGUGGAUACGAUUCGCGGCACCACUCGAAGACGAUCCCAUAGAGCGCGUAACAGCAAAGCUAGUAGAAAAGAUAUCGUCCAACUUCGCCUCUCACGCGCAUUCCCAACUCUGUCGCUCGAGCGGCGAGCGCAAGCGAUUAACGGCCGCACGGUAUAUGUGCACAGAGUUGUUUUUGGCGCGCACUCCGCCAGAUUUCAUUACUACUUACCUCAACGACGGCCACAAGUUCCGUACGCUGCACAAUAAGGCGCUACUUAGCAAUUUGUAACCUAUUGAUGUGAUGAUUAUACAGGGUGUAAAAAAUCUUUUAACGAAGUCGAAAGCCACGUAUUUCCCACAUUAUGGCGGUCGUUUUUUUCUUCUGGACCAUACCUGGGAAAUUUAUGGUCAUGGAGAUAUUGAAGUUCAAAGUCACAAUUUUUGUUUCAAGAUUUAUACAUUAAUAUUUACAAAACGUUAUUUAGAAACUUUUUUAUAGACGCACUUGCACACACGCACAUACAGACACAUUCAUUGCGUAGCGCCACAGUAGCGCGCAGCGCUAUACAUUGCGUAUUGGAAAAAUUUUUUUUUUAACAAAAAUACAAAUGAUACCCACGUAUAUUUUUU